AUGAUUUGGGUGGGUGUUGGGGGGGGGGGGGGGGGGGGGGGGGGGGGGGGCGGGGGGAGGGGGGAGAGCUUCCUGCGUACUCGCUGGAUUUGGUGCUCCAGGCUGGGCGGUGUCUCCUGUUCCCUUGGUGACUGUGGUGUCCCCUCCCCCCAGGAUCCGCUGACGGUGGUGAGGGAGCGCUGCGAGAAGGCGGAGCAAUGCGUGAAGGCGCGGGAACAGUUGGAGAUUUGUGAGACUCGAGUCAACUCCCGAUCCCACACCGAGGAGGAAUGUGUGGAGGAAUUGUUCGACUUCCUGCAUGCCAGGGACCACUGUGUCGCUCACAAGCUUUUCAAACAUCUGAAGUAG